AUGUCCGACACUGUCGUGCCGUCAAACCCAGCCGCCGAGGUCCAGCCUGAGAAGGGCCCGGGCCACUCCGACAUGAACGGGAAAGAGGCCGAUCAUCAGCUGCAGUCGGAAGACAGAGGAUCAAAGGGCGGCCGGAGCUUGCUCAAGGUGCCAUCCAGGUCGUCGUCGCAGCAGCGGAACCAGUCUUCGGUAGCCACCACGGGUCUCAGCGGGGCCACCGUCACCGAUCAUCGGAAUAGCAUCAGUGGGCGGUCGAAGGAGUCCAAGGGUAGCUUCGCAGACCACCAGCGCAACGGGAGCGCCUCGAGCAAUCGCACCGGCGGUGAGAGCGAACAAGGGAACGCCGUCGCCAACUCUCAACCGAGCUCACCGUCCACCACGGAGCAAAGAAAGCGCAAGAAACGGGGGGGCCUGCUGUCGCUGCUGGGAUGCUGUGGUGUCCCGGAUGAGGCGAACGCGGUAGACGAGGGAGGAGCGGAGAACGUACAUAAGGUGGAAAAGCUGCCACAGCGGCCUACCACGGCAAAGUCACGGCCCCAAGGCACCCAAGAACACCAGCCCACGAAGCAGCCGAACGAGAAGGAGCCGCAACACGCUGCACCUGCGACAGAAGGCAAUGGCGGCCACGAAGCCUCGGGCUCGGCCCAACCUUCGGCUGCCGACACCGACCGCAAUGACGAUGCCAAACAGGCCUCGCCGCCCGCCGUCACAAUAGAACCGCCCAAGUCCGAGGCUCAGGAGGCCGCGGUCCCAGAACGUGAUAACUCGCACGAGGGUGAUGGCGACGUUGGCAUGCAGGACGCGCCCCCGUCGGAAGAAUCACCGGAACCGUCCGCAGCCGUUGAGUCCGAACAGCCGCAGCAGAAGACUGUACCGCCGCCCCCGCCUGGUCCUGGCCCGGCUGUCGUCACGCCUCUUCCCCUUACCGAAGCAGCGUCGCCCGCGCCAGAGCCGCAGAAGUGGCUAUUGCCCCCCAUCGCGCCAGAGCACAAGGGUAGAAAAUGCUUGGUGUUGGACCUGGACGAGACAUUGGUCCACAGUUCGUUCAAGAUUCUUCACCAGGCGGACUUCACAAUACCAGUCGAGAUCGAGGGCAACUAUCACAACGUUUAUGUCAUCAAGCGGCCCGGUGUGGACGAGUUCAUGAAGAGAGUCGGCGAACUCUACGAAGUUGUUGUUUUCACGGCGUCGGUGUCGAAGUAUGGCGAUCCCUUGUUGGACCAAUUGGAUAUACACAAAGUCGUUCACCACCGCCUCUUCCGCGAGAGUUGCUACAACCACCAAGGAAACUAUGUGAAGGACCUUUCGCAAGUCGGACGCGACCUCAAGGACACCAUCAUUAUCGACAACUCGCCCACUUCCUACAUCUUCCACCCGCAGCACGCAGUGCCCAUCAGCAGUUGGUUUUCGGACGCCCAUGACAACGAGCUGUUGGAUCUUAUUCCCGUUCUCGAGGAUCUGGCUGGCCCCAACGUGUCCGACGUCAGCCUGGUUCUCGAUGUCACUCUUUGA